CUCUCACGCUGUCAACAUGAAACUGCUGUUGCUGAUCCUUGUGGUGUUGGCAGCGGCGGUCGCCACCUCAGCCCAGUUCAGUGGCAACAACCGGCGCAACCGAUUCGACACGGAUGAGUUCGACAACGAUUUCGAUGAUUUGAACGACCGCUUCGAUAGAAGUCGAGAACGCAUAAGCUUAGAAAGAGAUAGCGUUGAAAUUGGCAUUGGUGCUUUUAGGAGCGGUAAUAUCAACAGCAAUUUUGCCCGAAACAACAAUGCCGCUCUGAACAACAACAAUGCUUCGCCAUUCAGCAUUGCAGCUCAAACCAACAACCGAAAUAACAUCAACAACAACAAUCGCAGCCCAAAUAAUCUCAACCUUAGGUUGAGGGACAGCAUAGAAUUCAAUAGCAUCGAAAUUCAGGUCCCAAGCGCAGUUCGUGGCCAGCUCAACAACAACGCGAGGUUCCGCGAUAGUAUCGAAACGAAUAGCAUUGAGUUAGUUCAGGCAGCCAAAUUUGCUGGGGACUUUGGAGCGAGAAUCCGGGACAGCAUCAAAACUAAUAACAACGAAAUUAGAAAAACUAUAGGUAAUAACCAGAGGACAACAGGUCGCCCCAGAACAAAUCUUUUAAGGAGAGACAGCGAUGAAAGGGACAGCUUCGAAAUUAGGGUCCCUAUUUCAUUGAACAAUCAAGCCGCUAUUCCUGCCAACUCAAAUGCCGCCCCAAGGAACAACAACGGAGUACGGACUCCAGUUAGAACUAAUGUUCAAGCGUCCACCCCAAACAACUUUAAUGUGUUUAGAACCAUUAGUAUUGAAAAUGACAGCAGAGAACGCCCAAAUGCGUUCCGGAACAAUGUUGUUUCUAGUUUGAGAAACAGUAACACUUUUAGAAGGAACAGUAUCGAGAGAGAUAGCAUCGAAAUCAGGACUCCGUUCACAAGCAAUGUUCAAGGCACAUUAGGCAGCAGAAAUCCCUUUGGGAGAAACAGCAUCGAAACAAACAGCAUUGAAAUCGUCAACCCGUUCCUCAACGCAGCGCGCAACCAGGGAACUAUUCCUGCCACCAACGUGUUUAGGUCCAACAGCCCAGAGGACAUUAGUUUUGAGGUAGCUGUUCCGUUCAGAGGUAACACUCGCACUGUCAGUCAGAAUAACUUACGACCUCCGCAAAGAAAUAACAAUCAAAUAGGCCGUUUAGGUUUCCGAAGGGACAGCCCGGAACGUAACAGCAUCGAAAUUACUCUUCCGUUUUCGCCAGUGUUCAGUACUGGAGCUCAGGCUAGCCAAAACAAUGCUGGCCGUAACCAAUUCACUAUUGUCAGAGAUAGCCCAGAACGAGACAGUAUUGAAAUUAGUCUUCCCGUAUCGCCAGCUAUCGCGCCUGGAUCACGGCUCGGCCAAAACAAUGCAGCCCGUAACCACUUUUCCAUCGUCAGAGAUAGCCCAGAACGAGACAGUAUUGAAAUUAGUCUUCCCGUGUCGCCAGCUAUCACGCCUGGAACACGGCUCGGCCAAAACAAUCCUGUCCGUAACCACUUUUCCAUCGUCAGAGAUAGCCCAGAACGAGACAGUAUUGAAAUUACCCUACCCGCGUCACCAGCUCUCGCGCCUAGGACCAAAAUUAACCAAAACAUCGCAGGACGUAAUCACUUUACUAUCGUCAGAGAUAGCCUAGAACGAGACAGCAAUGAAAUCUUCGUCCCCGCUUCCCCCGCUAGCAGGACAAAUAACAACAGAGUUCAGAAUCUUAUCACUUCGAGCCGUAACACUUUCAGUGGCUUCCGAAGGGAUAGCUUCGAGCGAAAUUCUGUCGAGGAUCUCAUUGAUGAUCUCAACGACGAUGAUGCGGACGACAGAGCGAGAGCUCGUCUUGCUCUGCAGAAUAUUGGACUCUUGGGGAACACCAGGACUUCGGGAACAACCAGUACAUCCAGCAUCCAGAGGACACAGAAUAAUCGCGGAGGUACGAAUACUUUCCCAGGCGUCAACUUUGGCACUCAAACAUCUAGAACUCAAUCCAAUGUUGGUCGUCCAUUGUCAGCUACGAAUGCGUUUAAUAAUGGUGUCUCUAACGCCGUUGUUGGAAGCCCUGCUCGCAGUUCUUCUCCAUCUCUGGCUAGAAUACCAAUUGACAAUGCCCGGCUUCCAGCAAUUAAUGAUCGAAGAACAUUCAGCUCUGGAAGUUCGUUGCCUGCUUCCCCAGGGCAAUUCAUAAAUAACGUCGGCCGUCCUCUUCCCAUCCCUGACAACCGCAGUAUUCUCAGCACCAACAUCAUUCCUGAAGCCCCUGGAUUAACUGCUACUAAUAUCGGACGGCCACUAUCUUCCACUACAAGCCAGACUGGAGGAGUAAGGUUCCCUCCGGCUUCAUUCAUAGGACCGGCGUCUACUUUUACAGCUCCAAACGCACCACCAAGUUCUGCUUCUUCUUCAGCAAGACCGAACAUAAACAAUAAUCCAUUCCUCUUCAGACCAGUCACUAACCACAAUGUUAUUCACCGCACUAAUACUGUGUUUACACCUCCUGCACCUGUUGGACAACCCCUUCCUAUUUUAUCUAACACUCAACGUCCUCAAACGCGCCCACCAACUACGACCACCCACACCCUGAGACCUAGCACUACUACUCCAAGACCCUUGACCACUACCACCCCUCCACGGCAGACCCCGACUUUGGCAGCACCGAGACAACCUUCAUUUGAGAACUCAGUGUCACUGGCAAACCCCUUCGUCACAGCUGCACGCCACAAUGACGCUGUCAGAACUGAAACAAAUACGCUUCCCAGCAAUCCGUUUAUUAAGCAGAACUCCAUUUCCACGACAAGCUCUAAAAAAUCUCCUUCAACCAAGAUUAAGAGUGGUAGGAAGCCAAUCCCAGUCAGAGUGCCAGAAGGUUUCGAAUGGCCAGGAGGUAACGGUUACUACUUCAGGAUGAGCACAGGAAACUCCAAACCAAUUCAGUAUUUCAUUAGUUAUGAUGAUUGAUAAAUUAGUAGGCCAAUUGAAUGCUUUGCUUGAAUGAACACAUUCCGCUUAAUGUAGGGAAUGUGUUGCUGUAAAUAUGUAUAACUUAUGUAUCCCAUAUUUUGAUAUGAAAUUUUUUACGUUUCAGUUAAUUGAAAAUUUUGUAUUAAUUUCGUCAACCCGAGCGCUCGUGGAAUUGUGUUUUUUAAAAUUGUCUUAAUCAGAAUGUAUUUUUUGGCUUGUUUGUUUCAGCUGGAUUGAAAAAGAGUAGUUUUCAAAUUUCAUCACAAUAUAUUUGUCAAAAAAUUUUAUUUCUUUUCAUAUAGUGAAGAAUUGUCCAAUUAUAUAGAUCACUUAAUUAUGCGUCGUAAUCAUUACAUACCGCUUGCAAGCCUCAUUUCUUUUGAGAGUUGCAGCACUGAGUUUUCAGCACACAUAAUUCAUCAAUGUUUUUAUAUAUUUCAUUACUCAACUUGUUAUAGGCUCUCUUUUGCUGCUUUAUCGCGAACGCUUUUUUCAAGGAUCCAUGUCGGUGUCACGCAUGCUUAUCGUCGCUUCGAGCUUGUCAGUUAAUUGUGUAAGAAUCAAAGCUUCAUAUGACAAAUUUUGCAUCUUCAGCAGCGAGUCGACAGUUUUUCUUGACACACAUACCGUGUUAUUCGUUACAGUCUUAUGAUUCAUAGAUCCCGUGUGCUUGGCUUUGUGUUAUUCAAGUUCUUUCACUUGAUGUUGAAAUGUUCAGUACUUCGAGUGACGACCAGCAAGUAAAAUGUUUUUUGGAACUUCAAUAACGAUGUUAAAUUUACAAUUAUUUACACCCAAAUUCUGCCUUGUCUGGUAACAUUUUUGUGAGUGAAAUUUGGUGACUCAGGUAACGAAGCUUGCAAUAAAAUGUGGGGUUGUU